AGUGGUAUUGAAAGAAAAAAAAAUAGUUUACUUACUAAAAGAAAAGAAAAAGGAAAACAUGAAGGGUGUUGCUAAAUGCUAAUGCUAGUUAGCAAAGGCCAAAACUCACGAGAGGAAGGAAGAUAAAUAAAAAGCCAGUUGGCUUAUCGCAUGUUUGCUUCACGCAAGCAACUAAAUGGGGUUUGCUUCAUCGCGUGGCUUUAAAGACUUCAUUUAGUGUUUAAAACACCCCCUUCCUUCCUCCACUAAAUAUAUUCUACUACUACUACUACUACAACAUAACAUAAAUUAAAUAAAAACAUUAAUACCAACAGAUACCACCAACCAAACCCUAGGGAAUAACCUUUUUUCUUCUCUACGAACCCCUUCAAAUUAUGUUCCAAAAGAGGUGAAUUUUCUAAGAAAAUGAGCUCAAACAAUCCUAGUAGUAGCACCGGUGGGGUCACCGCCACGGGCGGUGGAGUUGGUGGUGGGACCAGUGGCAGUAGUAGCAGCGGAGGAGGCGGAGGUGGUGGUGGAGGGGGAGCAGGAGGAGGAGGACCAUGUGGUGCUUGUAAAUUCUUGAGAAGAAAGUGUGUUGCUGGUUGCAUUUUUGCACCUUAUUUUGAUUCAGAACAAGGUGCUGCCCAUUUUGCAGCUGUCCACAAAGUGUUUGGUGCUAGCAAUGUUUCGAAACUUCUCCUUCAUAUUCCUGUCCACAAACGCCUUGAUGCAGUUGUCACUAUUUGUUAUGAAGCUCAAGCAAGACUCCGAGACCCCGUCUAUGGCUGCGUAGCUCAUAUCUUCGCUCUUCAACAACAGGUAGUGAAUUUACAAGCGGAACUCUCAUACUUACAAGCCCACCUAGCAACCCUGGAGCUUCCAACACCGCCGCCACCGCCACCGCCACCGCUACAACAACCUCAGACUAUGCUCCAACAGCCAGCACUCUCCAUAUCAGACUUGCCAACAGCAGGAACAUCAAUGUUGCCAGCAGCCUAUGAUUUAUCCUCACUUUUUGACCCAAUGGUUCAACCCUCAUGGGCAAUGCAGCAACCGCGGCCGCCCCAGCCGCCUAUGGACCCACGCCACUAUGGCGGCACUAGAGCUCCGGUGGACAUGUCACCGUCAACCGGAGGCGGCAACGGGGAUUUACAAGAAUUGGCACGUGAACUUCUGCAUAGACAUGGAUCUCCAACACUUCCAUGCACAGAACCCUCAACUUUGCCACCACAGACCAAGUGAUGAGAGACAGUUUGAGAAGUACUGACCUAUAAUACGUUAAAUAGGGGUGUACUCAUGAGAUUCAUUUAAAAAAAAUGAGGGUUUCAAUUUUAAUUAAUCAAAAAUACUUAGGCAAAGUCAUGGAAAUCCUUUUAAUUUUACCCUAUUUGUAAUUUUGUUGAUCCUUUCCUUUUUGUUUGUUGUACUUUUUUUUUUUGGAAUACUAAUUACAUUCAAUAUUAGUUAUAGAUCUAUAAUGCUUUCUUUUAGUUA